GAAUUGCUAUAAAACGAUCAAUACAGGGGUGAGACUGUUCUUCAACAAACGAAAAGCCACCAAAGAGCCCUUUUGAUCCCCAAAAUACCUCUCGCCGGAAUCAUGAACCUCCCCAUCGCCGAAACCCUAGCUCCGUUCACCUCACCCGAGAACAUCCCAUCCACUCUAUCUCAAAUCAUCCUCUCUGGCUCCAAUCCCCUCGACUCCGUCUUCGCCCACAUCUCGCCGCAAGCGCCGCCGCCUCCGGCGGCAUCACCACCACAUACACCCAUCGGCUCCUCCAUAUACCUCCAACUCGCCGAUCUGCUCCGUUCAGCCUCGCCCCAUUCCUCCGCCGCAAGGAAAAAACUGUAUCGAGGAGUUCGACAAAGGCAAUGGGGCAAAUGGGUCGCCGAGAUCCGUCUACCGCGUAAUAGGAUGCGGAUUUGGCUCGGCACCUACGACUCCGCGGAGGCAGCAGCAUGCGCGUACGACCGCGCCGCAUACAAGCUCCGCGGGGAAUACGCGCGGCUUAAUUUUCCGGCGAUGAGGGACGCCGACAGCCAGUGUUCGGAUAAGCUUCGGGAGGUGAGAUCCGCCGUUGAUUCGAAGAUUCAGGCCAUCAGUCAGCGAAUUGUUAAGCAGAAGAGGUUGAAAAGGGAAAAAGCUGACGCGAAGGGUAAGCAACCGGAAACUUCGUCUUCGUCUUCAUCUUCCUCUGUUUCCGGCGAGCGUGUAACCGGAGAUGGUGCCUGCGGCGAGGAGAAUGACGGCGGCGAGUGCUGGUUGUCGAGAAUGCCUUCUUUCGAUCCGGAAAUUAUCUGGGAAGUGCUUGCUAAUUAACCUUCUUCGAGGGGUAAAUAAAUAUUAUCAACUGUGGAAUGUCUGUUUUAUAGAACAAUUAGUGCUAUAAUUAUACUAAGCUCGUGACAAUAUUCUCCUUUAAUAAAAUUUCAAUGAAGAAAAAAAACUCUCUCUGGAAUAA